AAACCUCUUCCUCAACCAUUGCUAACUUUCCGUCAAUUGAUGCCAAGCCUCCAUUCCUCAGAGAUUACCAAUUAGCGGAUGUCAAAUUCCUUAGCCAAUUGAAGAGUGUAGCGAUUUUUAGUGAAAUGCGAACCGGCAAGACCCCAAUUGCCUUAAUGACUUUUCAACAAUGGUCAGUCAACAACUUAUUAAUUAUUACCCCUAGCGUUUUACAACAACAAUGGCAAAAAUCAGUGGAAAAAUGA